AUGUCCGCACAUAAGCCUCGACGGCGGAGGAGGUUGGAGGAUCCAUCUGCUUACGCAAAUCACGGAACGAUACAUGUCGAUGCGCAAACCAAGAAGCAAAGUCCGGCUUUCCCUCUCGUCGCCUUUUUGUGGCCUGUCAAAGGUCCUAUCUCGCAAUGGGUCCUCUUGCCUCUCAUCCUUAUGGUGGUAGGCUUGUUCAGAUGGACGACAGGACUUUGGGGAUACUCAGGCUUCCAAUCGCCGCCGAUGCAUGGUGAUUUUGAGGCCCAGAGACACUGGAUGGAGAUCACAACACAUCUUCCAGCUUCUCAAUGGUACUUCCAUGACCUAGACUGGUGGGGUCUUGAUUAUCCGCCUUUGACAGCUUACCACAGUUGGGUAUUGGGGAAGUUGGGAAAUUACAUCAAUCCCACCUGGUUUGCCAUUAUGGACUCUCGGGCUCUAGAUGAUCCAGACCUCAAGAUAUACAUGCGAGCGACCGCCCUUGUUUCUGAAUACCUCGUAUACGUACCGGCCGUCAUCAUAUGCCUCCGUCAUCUGUCACAUCUACAACACAUUAAUACGUGGGAAUCAUACAUAGCUCUUGUGGCUAUCCUUAUGCAACCAGGCGCAAUAUUGAUUGAUCAUGGACAUUUCCAGUUCAAUACUGUCAUGCUUGGACUCUUCGUUGCAAGUGUGUCAAGCAUGUUGGCUGGGAGGCAUCUUUGGGGCUGCGUCUUUUUCGUGGGCUCCCUUGGCUUCAAGCAGAUGGCUCUCUUCUGGUCCCCAGCAGUAUUUGCAUAUUUGUGUGGAAUCUGUGUGUUCCCUCGUGUGCGCCCCCUCAAAUUCGUCGGCAUUGCGCUGAUAACAAUUUUAUCUUUUGCAAUCGUAUGGGCGCCAUUUUUAUUCGGCGUCGUCUAUGAGCAGUAUCGCAACAUUCCUAUCAAGCAUCUACCAAUGCCACCAAUUUUAGCAGCGCUUCCUUUUCGACUGGACAGAGAUGCGUUAUACUACCCAGCAUUACUGCAAUUCGCCCAGUCACUUCACCGGAUAUUUCCCUUUGCAAGGGGCCUCUUUGAAGACAAAGUUGCCAAUUUCUGGUGUGCGCUCCAUACGUUCCACAAGCUCAACAGAUACUCAUCCGUGUUCGUGCAACGCGCCGCACUGCUAGCAACGCUCUUCGCCAUUGCUCCACCAUGCAUCAUCAUAUUUGUAAGACCAAAGCGGGUCUUACUUCCUUUGGCAUUGGCAGCUACAUCAUGGGGCUUUUUCCUAUGCUCAUAUCAAGUCCAUGAGAAGAAUGUACUAUUACCUCUGCUACCAAUGACACUCCUCCUUAGCGGGCAAGACGGCCUGCUUCCAUCGGUGAGAGCUUGGGUUGGUUUUGCAAACAUGCUAGGCAUCUGGACGAUGUUUCCUCUCUUGAAGCGUGAUGAGCUUCGGGUUCCAUACUUUGCGCUCGGCUUCCUAUGGGCAUAUCUGAUGGGCCUCCCUCCAACAUCUCUUUCGGCAUAUCGAUCAGGCAUUCCUGGUGGGUUGAAUACCUUGACAAAGCUGAUUCAUUUGAGCUUUUACGUUGGUAUGAUUGUUUGGCAUGUCGCGGAAGGCUUUGUGGAGCCUCCUGAAAACAAGCCUGACUUAUGGGUCGUUGCCAACGUUCUAGGAGGGGCACCAGGGUUUGGUAUUUGUUAUAUCUGGUGCGUUUGGACGCUUCUGAAAGAAAGUCACCUUGUAGCCUGGGCAUCGCCGAAAGCUGAGCCCAUGGAAAAGAAGUCGCAAUGA